UUGGCGCCGUCUGGGGAGCACGGUACUGCGGGUGGCGCGCAGCGCAUGGUGGCGGCUCCUCUCGGAGCGCAGCCGACCCGCUGAUCCGGGCUCCGUUUCCCCUGCCCAGCGCGCCCCGGCGGCCGGCUGGUGGCCGAAACAGCAGCAGCAUUAACAGCAGCAGCGGCCGCGGCUGCUCCGCCGCCGCCGUCUCCGCGGGAGCAUGGAGUGCGCCCUGGACGCCCAGAGCCUGAUCAGCAUCUCCCUGCGCAAGAUCCACAGCUCCCGGACCCAGCGCGGCGGCAUCAAGCUGCACAAGAACCUCCUGGUAUCCUACGUGCUCCGCAACGCACGCCAGCUCUACCUGAGCGAGCGCUACGCUGAGCUCUACAGGCGCCAGCAGCAGCAACAGCAGCAGCCGCCCCACCAACAGCACCAACACCAGCACCUCGCGUACGCGGCGCCGGGCAUGCCGGCCAGCGCGGCCGACUUCGGCCCGCUCCAACUUGGUGGCUGCGGAGAAGCGGAGGCGCGCGAGCCGGCCGCGCGGCACCAGCUGCACCAGCUUCACCAGCUCCACCAGCUGCACCUCCAGCAGCAGCUGCACCAGCACCAGCACCCGGCGCCCAGGAGCUGCGCGGCGGCGACGGCCGGGGCGCCAGCGGGCGGCACGGGGGCGCUCUCGGAGCUGCCCGGGUGCGCCGCGCUCCAGCCGCCGCACGGCGCGCCCCACCGCGGGCAGCCCUUGGAGCCGCUGCAGCCUGGUCCUGCGCCGCUGCCGCCGCCCGCGCCAGCCGCGCUCUGCCCGCGGGACCCUCGCGCCUCGGCUGCCUGCUCCGCGCCCUCCGUGCCCCCAGGGGCCGCCCCUCAGGCCGCUGCCGCCGCCUCACCUCCCGCCUCCCCGGCCCCCGCCUCCUCCCCCGGCUUCUACCGGGGCGCGUACCCGGCCCCCUCGGACUUCGGCGUGCACUGCAGCAGCCAGACCACCGUGCUGGAUCUGGACACUCACGUGGUGACCACGGUGGAGAACGGCUACUUGCAUCAGGACUGCUGCGCCUCCGCCCACUGCCCCUGCUGUGGCCAGGGCGCCCCGGGACCGGGCCUGGCGUCCGCCGCCGGCUGCAAGCGCAAGUAUUACCCUGGCCAAGAGGAGGAGGACGACGACGAAGAGGACGCGGGCGACCUGGGAGCCGAGCCCCCCGGGGGUGCCCCGUUCGCUCCCUGCAAGCGCGCCCGCUUCGAGGACUUCUGCCCGGACUCGUCCCCAGACGCGUCCAACAUCUCAAACUUGAUCUCCAUCUUUGGCUCAGGCUUCUCGGGGCUGGUGAGCCGACAGCCGGACUCCUCGGAGCAGCCGCCGCCGCUCAACGGGCAGCUGUGCGCCAAGCAGGCGCUCGCCAGCCUCGGCGCCUGGACUCGAGCCAUUGUCGCCUUCUAGGGACCCCCGAGGGCACGGGGACCCGCGGGGCUGGGGCCAGACAAAGACUCGGCCAAGGGGCAAGAGGAGGGAAGGAACGGACGCCCGGCCACUCGGGGCUGAGCUGGGGGCGAGCAGGGGAAGGCGGCUAAUGUUUUA